UAACAGAGUUUUAAACAUGCAGCCCCAUCAAAAGUUUAUCAAUUUACAGAACCCAAGAUUAUGCUGUUGGAACUGAAGAGACAAAAUAAAUUAUGAAACAAUGUGCUUCAUGACCUGACACAUACAGACCUACUUGCAUUUUCUGGAAGCAAGGAGUAAUCAGUCAUGAGAAGCACAGUCACAUCCUUCAGAGCUGCCAGCAAAAAUAUAAAAGCGAGCAGAUACAAGCUAUUAAAUGCUGUGAACAGACAGUCAGAGUGGUCACCAUGGAGACGCGUCCCGGAAGUUGGAAACCCACGUGUGGAGGCAGCGGCACAAUUCCUGGCACAGUCGUACAUGGGAUCGCAGCGGGCUGCAGAAAGUCUCUAGUGUCGGAACUUUAUUAUGGACGCUUCAGGAGCUGAUCUUCGCGAUCGUGAGAAGCAGACAUCUAAACAUAGCAAGCAGCCUUUCCGAGCUUUAGUCACGUCGAGUGGUAAAGUGAAAAAGAAAACUAAGAAGAAGGAGAGAACUAAUAGUAUCAAGAAAAGGGGGCGCACAUCUAGCACCCCAACUACCUCAGAUGAGGCAGAUAAGCACAAUGCUAAAAGCAAGAAGAGCCAGAAGCAUAUUCCUCUACCGCUCAGCCCACGGGAUGUUUCCAUGACUAAGCACAAGUUAAAAAAGGAUGAUGCUGAGUGUGACACUGAGAAGUCUAAUCCUAGUGGUAGUUCAUCCAGCAUAGCACAAGAAGGUGCAGUAAAUGAAAGCCUACGGUGGGAGGGAGCCCUUGAUGACCCAGUUGCUGAGGAAGAAAGAAUUCAACAGUAUAAGAUCAACAGAAGAAAACGCUAUUUAUUAGCUGCUCAGCAGGCCACAUGUAACAAUAGUAAUUCAGAAAAUAGUCUUCAUGAAGAUCUGAAGCUUGAGCCCUGUACUCCGGUUCUCCCCAGCAGUGAUUCAGCAGCAAAGAGAGACUACUCAAACUCCAGUUUCAUUGGGCAGAAUGGACAACCUAAGCAAGUGUCAGCCCUUCAGUUUCCAGCCCUUGUAAACAUGUUUAAGAAUCAUUUAUGAAAGGUUCUUUAUGAGGUUUUAUUGUGGUGCCUUGACAGAAUGGGAAGGCAGCACCCAGCUAUGAUUCUAAAAAGACUUUGUUUGGCUGCUACUUAAAGACAAUGUAAGAAGAUUUUCUGUUGGCAUACCUAUUGGUUUCAGUUGCCUGUUUGUAUGUCUUAACGCCUUCGUAAUAGCUUCUCUUCUUUUAUGUUUUUACUGUAUAGGACUUGUUUCCUGCUGUUAAGUGUGUUUGUAUGUGUAUUAUCAUGUGUCAAUAACCCAGUGUCUAAUCAGUAUUAAAACACAAAAUCAUUUUAUUUUAAAAUGUCAUGUAAUUUCAGUCAAAU